AUGGACGUGUAUUGUGACGAUUUGCGACGCAGGAAUGUGUUUUGUGACGCUGUUCUCAAAGUGGAGGAUUCAGAGUUCCCAUGUCAUAAACUCCUGCUGUCCCACUCCAGCAAAUACUUCAGUUUGGAGCAGUUCAACAGCAUGCGCUGUCUGGACCUGGCAACCAACAGGUGGCAGGAGAUGCCCCCCAUGUACCACCGCCACAGCUACGUCAGUGUGACUGUGAUGCACGGCUGCAUCUACGCAAUCGGGGGAUUCGACGGAGCAUUACGACUGAACACGGCUGAAGUCUUCAACCCUCAGACCAAUCAGUGGUCUCUGAUCGCACAGAUGAACCAGCAGAGGAGUGACACCAACUGCGCCACACUUGAUGACAAGAUCUAUAUUUGUGGCGGAUUUGAUGGCACUCAGGUUUUAGAAACGGCUGAAUGCUAUUGCGCAAACACCAACCAGUGGACUUACAUCGCCCCUUUGACCAGCAGGCGCAGCGGUGUCUCGGUCACUGCCUACUCCGACCACAUCUAUGCAGUCGGGGGCUUUGGUGGUGUUGAGUGCCUCAGAAGCGUGGAGGCCUACAACCCGCAGACCAACUCUUGGCAUGAGGUGGCUCCCAUGAUCACCACACGCAGUUUGGAGGUCCUGAACGUCCGCUUCUUUGCUGUGGGAGGGUACAACGGCGUCAGCACCACAUGGAGCGUGGAGACGUACGACCCCCUGGUGGACCGCUGGAGCGAGGCCCAAGCCACCAGCCUGUUCCGCAGCGCACUCAGCUGCUGCGUCAUCUCUGGUAUUCCCAACACACUGGUCAGGAGGGCCAGCUCCACUCUGGGCUGCUCCCUGGACUCUGUGGAGGAGGUGAGGGACAGGAGGCCCCUGGACUCUGUGGAGGAGGUGAGGGACAGGAGGCCCCUGGACUCUGUGGAGGAGGUGAGGGACAGGAGGCCCCUGGACUCUGUGGAGGAGGUGAGGGACAGGAGGCCCCUGGACUCUGUGGAGGAGGUGAGGGACAGGAGGCCCCUGGACUCUGUGGAGGAGGUGAGGGACAGGAGGCCCCUGGACUCUGUGGAGGAGGUGAGGGACAGGAGGCCCCUGGACUCUGUGGAGGAGGUGAGGGACAGGAGGCCCCUGGACUCUGUGGAGGAGGUGAGGGACAGGAGGCCCCUGGACUCUGUGGAGGAGGUGAGGGACAGGAGGCCCCUGGACUCUGUGGAGGAGGUGAGGGACAGGAGGCCCCUGGACUCUGUGGAGGAGGUGAGGGACAGGAGGCCCCUGGACUCUGUGGAGGAGGUGAGGGACAGGAGGCCCCUGGACUCUGUGGAGGAGGUGAGGGACAGGAGGCCCCUGGACUCUGUGGAGGAGGUGAGGGACAGGAGGCCCCUGGACUCUGUGGAGGAGGUGAGGAGCUCCUUCAGUGGAAGACUGAGACACCCUCAGUGCAAGAAGGAGCAGGGCCUUUAUCCCCACCGCUCGAACCACACGGUGAUGGAGGAGGUGAUGGAGGAGGUGAUGGAGGAGGUGAUGGAGGAGGUGAUGGAGGAGGUGAUGGGGGAGGUGAUGGAGGAGGUGAUGGAGGAGGUGAUGGAGGAGGUGAUGGACUCGAUGAUGGCCGUGUAG